AUGGCUGAUAUCAAGCCAAAUAUUAACACUAAAAACGCCACUAUCAGGGGCAAUGAAUCCAAAGGCAUUGUUGAAGACGAAAUAAUCGAUCCAAAUGCUAAACUACCAGUCGAUAACGAUAUUAAUAAAAUAACCUGUAAAUCAAUAACAGAAUUAACUAAUAUAGCGGAAAUAGUUAUUUUAGAAGACAAACAACAAUCUGAGAUGGAAGAUGGAUUCCAACAGAAAAAGUACUUAAAAAAUGUUCUUCAGGAUUGUAUGGAAACUUUGGAAAAAUACUAUACAGAAUGUAAAAAUAUUAAAGAAUUUUACAAAAAUAAUAAAUUAAAAAAAGAAGGUAAUAAUACUGAUGACUUAAAUACACUAGUCAACUAUUAUGAAUCUGCCUAUGUUUAUUACAAAAUUGUUUUUUUGACUGCACUAAAUAGAAUACCUAAUAUGGAAGAAUUUCAUGCCUGCAGGUUAAAUGUGGAUAAAAAUAAAAAUAAGGAACUACUAAACAUUUACAAUAUUUUAGUUAAAAUUUUAGAUCAGAAUACUAAUAUAAAUAGUAUUAAAAGAUUUAUUAAAAGAUAUAGUGGUGAAAAGAAACAAAACGAUAUAAAUAACUCUAGUAAGUCAUGCAAAACAAAAAGGGCAGCAGGAUAUAUUAAUGGAGAAAUAAUUAAACCUGCUGAAUUGGAUAAUUUAAUGCAGCAAACAACUGUUUUGUUGAUUGAUAUUAGACCAAGGAUAGACUUUAAUGCUAACCAUAUUAAGGCCGAGAAUGUGAUCUGUAUCGAACCAAUUUCUUUUAAAGAGGACUAUACGGAUUUAGAUAUUGCUCAAAAAUCAAUGAUUACUGCGCCUAAAGCUGAAUUAGAUUUAUUCAAUAAAAGAGAAACAUUUGACUUUAUCGUGUUAUACACCAACUACUAUUUAAUGAAUCAUACUUUAUAUAAAAAUGGGGACUUCCGGUUUGUAUCUGAACAACAACAACAACAACAACAAGACAUGAAAGGGGAAGUAAAAAGUAAAGAAGAAGAACCAAAACAAAAGCAGAAUCAAAUCCGUGAAGAAAGCGAGAAAGAUUACCAUGUAAAAGAUUCAGACGAUACGUUUAACGAUGGAGAUAGAAGUGAUGAAGACCGUUUUAUUGAUCUAAAAAAACAACAAAGUUAUUUUGAUGCCCAGUUAGAAGUUCUUUACACCAUACUUUUGGAAAAAUCAUUCAGUAAACCAAUAACUAAAGGUAAGAUUUUGAAACUGGAUAAAGGUUUCCAAAAUUGGACCAAUGUCUAUGGCUUAAAAAGAUGUGCAAAGGCAAAAGAAGAGGAGGCUGUUAAACAUGUUAGUAACGGUACAAAUGAUUCAAUAUACUAUAAUAUCUCAAAACAACAUAUAAAGCAGCAUACAGAUUUACAGUCACCUCUAUUGUUUCCAACCGCAAAACUGCCACAUAGAGAUUCUUUCUCUUCUUCUCAACUUAUUUCGACACCAGGAUCAAUCGCAAAUGAUAGCUAUUCACCUGUGGUUCAAUCACCAUUACUUUCAAAUGGCACUAGUAACUAUCCCUUUGAUAAUAUCCGAGAGCUUCAACAUCAGCAACAACAACAACAACAACAACAACAACAACAGCCAAGCCCACUGUUGAAUAACUCUAAUAAACUUAAAAGAUCAUCUAGUUUUAAAAGGUUUGUUAAUUACUUAAAACCAUCACUUACAGGUAGUAGUACACAUAAUAGUAGUAGUACCAGCACCACGCCCAUUAGUAUGAAUGUUAAUACCCUAACAAAUGCAACUGUUGCUGAGUAUCCCGACCCAACAAAUAUUUUACAGGCUAACUUGUCUAAUCCUAUUUUGGAUGAGCAGUUGGGGGCCAAAAAAAAAUUUGUUUCGCCUUCUCCUCCUGCACCGCCUUUGUCUAGAUCUUCACUGAGUAAAAUGUUCAAGCCUGCUGUUUGUGGCCCUUCUUCCUCGCAGAUAUCUUCUUUUGGGAACUAUUUGCAACCCAUAAAUACUAUAGCCACAUCAGCUACAGUUCCGGGCUCUUCUGAUAAUAUUAUAAUGCCAAUACCUGCAAUAGCACCACAAUAUUCUCAAAUGAAUAAUAUCAGUAAUAAAAAUAUAAUUUCCAUACCAAAAAGCACAGAUGUUGCUUCUGUAACACCACCCUCAACAGGAACGAUAACAAACAUAGGUUACCUAAGUAAUUCACCCACCACUACUGUUCCAUCUGGCCUGAAUAACCGUAAACUGACACCAAAUUAUUACGUUGACACGAAUUUUUGUACUGGCUUAGUAAAUAUGGGGAAUUCGUGUUACAUGAAUUGUAUUUUACAAUGCUUACUGGGUACCAAAGAAUUAUGUUUUAUAUUCUUAAAUGAUUCAUACAAAAACUAUGUAAAUUUGAACAGUAAGUUAGGUAGUAAAGGUGUUUUAGCAAAAUAUUUUGCCCAAUUGGUGCAUUCAAUGUAUAGGGAAGGCCAACUAACUAAGAAUAAGACAAGAUGCUCUGAUGUAAAGUUGGCUGUUGUGCCAAGGCAAUUUAAAUUGGCAUGCGGGUCAAUCAACAAGAUUUUUAGGAAUACAGACCAACAAGACUGUCAAGAAUUUGCGCAAUUUCUUUUGGAUGGUUUACAUGAAGAUUUGAAUCAAUGUGGUGCUAAUCCUCCACUAAAAGAAUUAAGCAAAGAAAUGGAGUUGAGUAGAGAGAAACUGAAUAUGAGAAUAGCAUCGUCUAUUGAAUGGGAAAGAUAUUUGACAACAGAUUUUAGUGUUAUUGUGGAUCUAUUCCAAGGACAGUAUGCUUCACGGUUGCAAUGUCAAAAAUGUUUCAGAACCUCUACCACAUAUCAACCGUUUUCUGUUUUAUCUAUACCUAUCCCGAAGAAAACCAAUGGAACUGGGCGGAGUGCUGGUGUUAACUUGAAUAUUUUAGAUUGUUUUUACGAGUUUACUAAAAUCGAGACUUUGGAUAGAGAUGAAGAAUGGUUUUGUCCACAAUGUCAAAAGAAACAACCUUCCACUAAAAAAAUCACUAUUACAAGAUUACCCAGGAAUUUAAUUAUUCAUUUGAAAAGAUUCGAUAAUAUGAUGAACAAAAACAAUGAUUUCAUUUAUUAUCCACAAGUCCUAGACUUGACUCCGUAUUGGGUUGAUGAUGUCAAAAAAACAAGUGAAUGGCCGUCAGAUUUACCACUGAGAGGGCAAAUUCCGCCUUUCAAAUACUCUUUAUAUGGUGUUGCUACCCAUUCAGGUACUUUGUCCGGUGGCCACUAUACAUCUUAUGUUAAAAAGGAUAAGAAUUCUAUGUAUAUGGGCAAGAGCAGUGGCAUAAAUUUAAGUGGCAACAAUGAUGCUGCGAAUAGUAAUAUAAAUGUUGCUAAUAAAAAAAAUGAUUCUAGGAAUGACGGGUGGUAUUACUUUGAUGAUCUUUCAUGGAGACAAGCCAAAAAUGAAAAUGAAUGUAUUACUAGUAAUGCAUACGUUUUGUUUUAUCAUAGGUUAUAUAGCCAAUGA